CAACAACAACAACAACAAAUGGAACUCGCGCGAGCAGCCAUUGUCAAUGAUUAAUACGGAGAGUUAGAUUCAUAGCUCACCACGUCGCCGUCGCCGGACUCGCCGUCGUCUUAGUUAGCAUUAGACGUAGCCACACACACACACACACACCUCAACACACACGCAUACACCCACACACCCUUUUCAAUGCAGCAGCAGCAGCAACAGUCGCAUCAACAGUUUUUAGAACGUUAGCCGAAGCACACACAGAGUUCCAGAGCAGCCAGAGCUAGAGAGCGAGCAGCGUACACAUAGCCAGAGGAAAAGAGAUAGACAGCAGGACAGUGAGCGAAAGCGAUUUAGCCAACAUGGACAUCAAGAUUGAGCAGCAGCAGCAGCAGCAGCAGCAGCAACAACAACAACAACAGCAACAGCAGCAGCAGCAGCAAACGGAGCUGGGGCCCGUUUCGCCUUCGGAGGUGCCAAAUGAUCCUGGAAAAAUGUUCAUUGGCGGCCUCAGCUGGCAGACCAGUCCAGAGAGCUUACGCGAUUAUUUUGGACGCUAUGGCGAUAUCUCUGAGGCAAUGGUCAUGAAGGAUCCCACGACACGCAGAUCCAGGGGCUUUGGCUUUGUCACAUUCAGCGAUCCAAAUAGCGUAGAUAAGGUACUCACCCAAGGCACACACGAGCUGGAUGGCAAAAAGGUGGACCCGAAAGUAGCUUUUCCGCGACGUGCACAUCCCAAGAUGGUGACGAGAACGAAGAAAAUCUUUGUGGGCGGCCUCUCGGCGCCCACCACGCUAGAGGAUGUCAAAAGCUACUUUGAACAGUUUGGUCCGAUCGAGGACGCAAUGCUGAUGUUUGACAAGCAGACCAAUCGGCACAGAGGUUUUGGCUUCGUUACAUUUCAAAGCGAAGAUGUGGUAGACAAAGUUUGUGAAAUUCAUUUCCAUGAGAUAAACAACAAAAUGGUCGAGUGCAAGAAGGCGCAGCCCAAGGAGGUAAUGCUGCCGGCAAAUCUGGCCAAGACACGGGCGGCCGGUCGUUCCGCUUACGAUAACAUCAUGUGGGGUCUGGGGACAUUGCCCGAAGGCUUUCCGGCAGCUGCGUAUGCUGCUUAUGCCGCUGGUCGCGGCUAUUCGGGUUAUCCCAGCUUCGGACUACCCUAUCCAACUGCUGGCGUUAUGGGCGUAAUGCCGGAGAAUCGUAUACUGAUCGGUGAUUAUUUGGUCGCCCCAACGACAGCCAGCAGCACGGCCUAGAAGCAACUCUGACUCUAUGAUCUAAACUGAUAUUUUUUCGAUCGAGUAUUAUAUCAAAAUCUGAACUAAUAAAUCUCAAACCAUCUUAUAACUAUAAAAAGUAAAAAUAAAACAAACUCUUGAGCGUUCGUCAUAUCAAUGCACAAAUCGUACUCUAAACUGAAAUUAAAAUCGCAAGCGAAGCAGCUCCUACGACAUAUUUGCAUUAUCUAGGCACAUUCAUUGAUGCUGCUUGGCCUUGUGCUUUCCCACAUCACGCCACACGCAUACACUGUGCAAAAAUCAUGAUCCACAAACACUUUGCUAGUACUAGAGCCACCUCGCCUCUUCAUGCAUUCCCAUCUUUAGUUUUGGUUCUUAUUAUUGCGUUUUCUUUAGUUUUGCUAGGGUUGGAACGGAUGUUGGCAAAACAUUUGAAACUACUCAAAUCCGACACUAGCCAGAGUUAUCGAUAAACGAUACACGAUUAUCAGGGUAGAGAAAGCAUUAGCAAACAGAUUAAGAAACUUGUCCCAAAAUUCAC